AUGCUUAGGAAGGCUCUAUACUACUUUAGAUUUACUUUAGCAACUGCCGUUCUAUGUGGAUGUUCGCUUUACGGUGUGGUCGCAUCUAUUGUGCUAACAUUGGUAGGUAAACAGCAUUUAGCACAAUGGGCAACAGCUCGUUGUUUCUACUAUGCAUCUAUAUUAUUUUUGGGUAUUGACGUUAAAGUGGAAAAUGAACACUAUUUGGAAAAUAAACCAUAUAUCAUUGUUUCCAAUCACCAAAGUACUCUUGAUAUUUUAAUGUUGGGGCGUGUAUUCCCACAAGGCUGUACAGUGACAUCUAAAAAAUCUUUGAAAUAUACCCCAUUCUUGGGUUGGUUUAUGACAUUGAGUGGUACACUUUUCCUGGAAAGAGCAAACCGUCAAAAGAGUGUUGAAACACUAAAUCGCAGUUUAGACGUUUUGAAGAAGGAAAAAAGAGCAUUAUGGAUUUUCCCUGAAGGUACCCGUUCCUAUACUACAAAUUUAAACAUAUUACCAUUUAAAAAGGGUGCGUUCCAUUUAGCACGCCAGGGGAAAUUGCCAAUUGUACCUGUUGUUGUCUCAAAUACUAGUACUUUGAUGAAUCAUAAGUGGAAAGUGUUUAACAAAGGUUGUAUUGUGGCUAGAGUUAUGAAACCAAUUUCAGUUGAUGAUUUGACGACUGAAGAUGUUGGUAAAUUUAGCGAAGAUCUCAGGGAGAAAAUGCUCACAGAAUUGCAAGAUUUGGCUUAUUCACAGGCUACUGUCGAUACUCAUAUACCACCAGAGGCAAAAGCUUAUAAGCGCGUGGAAAAUGCAACAGCUCUUUCGAGCGAAAACAGCUCUGAAAGAGUGUCAACCUUAACAAAAGAGAUUGAUAAUUAA